GAGAGAGAAGACGACCACUACCUCUGCUUCUUCUUCUCGCUCGCCUCCCGCUCUCAGCUCGCGGUCGCCUCUAUAUCUUGCCCAACUUUCUCUGCGUGUUCCUUCCUUCCUUUCACUCUUUCUUCGCGUGCUCUGCCUCUGCUGCGCGCAAGGAUCAAAAGCCGCCACCGGCGACAGCGGGUAAACAAACCGAUAUCAUAAGAGAGCGUGAGGCAGAUUAAAGCGAGACGCCGAGGUCUUGCCGCAAUCUUUUCUUUGCGAAUCGUCCACAGAUUCUCUUGUGUCUCCCUCUCGUUGCUUUUCUCCCUAGGAGAGGGGUUCUGCCCAGAAUUUGUUGACCGGGACCUUGGAUAGGGGCAUAGGGCAUGGAGGAGGCUGAGGAGAUGCAGGUGGAGAGGCUGCACGAGUUCGACGUAGACGCCGCCGGCGGGGGCGGCGGCGCCGGCACGGACAAGCUCAGCUACGAGAUCUUCUCCAUCCUCGAGAGCAAGUUCCUCUUCGGCUACACCGACCCGCACCAGCUCUGGCUGCCCAAGCCGCAGACGCCGCCUCCACAGCCCACAGAGCCGGCGGUCUCGGGCGGCAAGGCGGCGCAGCGGGGGAAGGUGUGCGUGCUCUGCGUCGACGGCGGCGGGGGCGGCCUACGCGCGCUACUCGCCGGCCGCGCGCUGGCCCACCUCGAGGCGGCGCUGCAGCGCGCGUCGGGCAACCCCGACGCCCGCGUCGCCGACUACUUCGACCUGGCCGCGGGGACCGGCGCGGGCGGCGUCUUCGCGGCGAUGCUCUUCUCCACGCACUCGCGCGGCGCGCCGCUGUUCCGCGCCGAGGACACCUGGCGCCUCGUCGCGGACCACGCGCCGGGCCUCUUCCGCAGGCCCUCCACCUCCACCUCCCUCUUCCGCCGCGCGAAGAAGAAGCGCCCGCUGGCGGCGCCCACGGCGGCGCUGGGCGUGGCCAUGCGGGCGGCGUUCGGGGAGGAGCUCACCCUGCGGGACACCAUCAAGCCGGUGCUCAUCUCCUGCUACGACCUCCGCUCCUCCGCGCCGCUCCUCUUCUCCCGCGCCGACGCGCUCGAGAGCCGCAGCUACGACUUCCGCCUCUGCGACGUCGGCCGCGCCGCCUGGUCCGAGCCGGGCCGCUUCGAGCCGGCCGAGGUGGCGUCGGUGGACGGCGCGACCGCCUGCGCCGCGGUCGACGGCGGGCCCACCAUGGGCAGCCCGGCGGCGGCCGCCAUCACCCACGUGCUGCACAACAAGCACGAGUUCCCCUUCGUGCGCGGCGUCGAGGACCUCCUCGUCCUCUCCGUCGGCGGCUGCUCUGGCUCCGGCGCCGGCUCCUCCGCGGCCGCCGCGGACGCCGACAUCGCGCGCAUGCGUCGUUGGGGCCCGAAAGAGUGGGCGCGCCCCAUCGCGCGCAUCGCGGCCGACGGCGCCGCCGACCUCGUGGACCACGCCGUGGCGCGGGCAUUCGGGCAAGGCCACUCCUCCAAUUACCUGCGCAUUCAGGCGAAGCGUGAGAGCAUGCCGCCAUGCGGGCCGGACGGGGAGUACGACCCGACGCCGGCAAACGUGCAGGCGCUGCUGGCGGCGGCGGACGAGACCAUGAAGCAGCGCAACGUCGAGUCCGUGCUCUUCGAGGGCAGGCGGGUCGGGGACCACACCAACGCCGAGAAGCUCGACUGGUUCGCCGCCGAGCUCGUCGCCGAGCACCGCGGCAGGGGCUCCAGGAUCGCGCCUACAGUCGCGUUCAAGCAGCCGGCGCUGGGCUGAGCCGGUGGAGGAAGGAUCGACGACAUGUAGGCCUCUCUCGCUUCCUUCCUGCCCUGGUUGCUGGUUGGAAUUCUGCUGCACUUUUUACUACGUGGCAGUGUCAGCGUGGCAUGGCUCCCUCCCUGAAGCAAAAUUGCCACUCGGAAGUUCGAAGAGGAAAAUACAUGAAUGAAAUCAUGGAACAUCCGCCCGCGAUAGACUCCAAUUUUUAAGCUUCAUUUCAUCUUUUUUAGGAUAGAUAUGCAUGCAGCUACUCCUUGGCAGAAUCGUGCCCUGACAAAUGUGGGUGUAGAGCUGCGAUAUGAAUCGAUCUGCUGAAAAACAGUGGAUGCAAUGCAACGGCGGGUACUGGUAACUGCUCUUGUGCGAUGCAACUCUGGAACUAGGCAAUGUUUAUGCCUGUCCCAACAUAAAUAAAUUAUUAUCCAGAGUUAUCUCUUUUAA